GGGUCUUUUCUGCUCAUGUCACUACAUAAAACUAUCAGAUGGUUAGAGGAAGGCCAUGAAGGCAUACGCUUAGCGAGUCUUAUCAAGGACGCCAAAUGAAGUCUAUUCAACUCUGCUAGCGGGACAAGCUGACUUACUUUGCCAGAAAGACUUACAGCAGCCGUCAGCCCAUAAAUGUGCAGCGGCUCCUGCGUCGCUCGCCCGCACACCGCAGAGGCGCUCCGACCGGCCGCUUUUACGCACACCGCACCCUGACGUCCGUCCGCUCUGAAACUUUCCCGGGCGGUUGUUUUCAUGAAGAGAAGCGGGCUUUCGACGAGGACUUAAAGGAGAAUACUUUUUUUUUUUUUUUUUUUUGAUUUGCUGAAGACGUCGAGGAUGCCUCGUCCGGGGAGAAACACGUACAGCGACCAGAAGCCACCUUACUCCUACAUCUCCCUCACUGCCAUGGCGAUCCAGAGCUGUCCCGAGAAGAUGCUGCCUCUCAGUGAAAUUUACAAGUUCAUCAUGGAUAGAUUCCCCUACUACAGGGAAAACACUCAGCGGUGGCAGAACUCCCUGCGCCACAACCUGUCCUUUAACGACUGCUUCAUCAAAAUCCCCCGGCGUCCCGACCAGCCAGGUAAGGGCAGCUUCUGGGCUCUGCACCCCAACUGCGGGGACAUGUUUGAGAACGGAAGUUUUCUGAGGCGCCGCAAAAGGUUCAAGGUGCUGGGCGCGUCCGAUCACCUGGCUCCCAGCAAGCAGUCGGACGCUGCGCAUUACCUCCAGCAGCAAGCCAAACUCCGGCUGAGCGCGCUGGCGGCCACCGGCACGCACCUCCCCCAGAUGUCAACCUACAACCUCGGAGUGUCCCAGUCGUCCACUUUCAAGCACCCCUUCGCCAUCGAGAACAUCAUCGCCAGAGAGUACAAGGUCCCGGGGAGCCUGGCGUUCUCCACCAUGCAGUCCAUGUCCGCCGGGUACCCGCUGCACAACCAGCUGACGACCGCCUGGCCGCACAUGUACAACAGCAGCGUGAUCGACACGGCGGCCCCCAUCUCCAUGGCGAGCAGCGACUACAGUGCCUACGGCGUGCCCAUCAAGUCCCUGUGCCACGGCGGACAGUCCCUACCGGCCAUCCCGGUGCCGAUCAAGCCCACCCCGACCUCCAUGCCCGGCUUCUCGGCGCUCCCUCCCCACAUCCCCGCGUUUCUAUCAAACUCUCCGCAGUCCCUGAGCCCGACGUCCCCACAGACAGCGACGAGCCAAAGCAGCCCCGCCACCCCGAGCGAGACUCUGACCAGCCCGUCCACGCUACAGUCCGUGGCCGUGCACUGACCCCCGGCCC